GGCGGGAGUGAAGACAAGGAAUCAUCUUUCUUUGGCAGCCGCUUGGGAUAAGAACUGCAUUUUGAAGGUGUGUGUAUCUCGCUGGAUUGACUACAUAUUCUUCAGAUCCUUGCAAGGCUCAGAGCAGGAUGUCAUUGUUUUGACGACUCCUACUCGGAAGACUGUAUGUCACCUCCCGCUGGAGACGGUCCAGGGACUUCAUUAGAGAACACAACAGGGUGACCUACCUGAACCGCCCAUAUUUGUUUUAGACACAAUUUCUCUUAUCAUCGCACCUGGUGAAGGACUGUGAACACCCGCCUGCAGACCUCUCUCCACCAUGAACUUCACACUUUCAGUCUUCUUGUUGCUCGUUCUUGUUGUGCAGCAAUGCACAGGUGCAAAGAGGGACUUUACGCAGAUGUCGAGAGAGGAAGUUCUGGAUCUGCUUUUAGUGAAUUCUACUUACAACCCUCGAAUAUCACCUGACUACGAGCAAGAUCACGCAACAAAAGUUGCUGUACAAAUUCAUAUUCUGAGCAUCGACUCAAUCAACGAACAGUCUAUGGACUAUUCUCUGAACAUGUAUCUACGACAACGGUGGAUAGACCCACGGCUGCAGUUCGUCAACCAUUCCAGGUCAGAAUGGUUGGAGCUGGACACAAAAAUUAUGCAGAAGGUCUGGGUGCCGGACACAUUUUUUAGAAAUGAAAAGAAAGGUGCAUUUCACGAUGUCACGGUACCAAACCGACUGAUGCAUCUGUACCGAAAUGGCACGAUAUACUACAGUAUGAGGUUGUCUGUGACUCUCUCCUGUCACAUGAGUUUGCAGAAAUACCCGCUGGACAGCCAGAAGUGCCCAAUACUCAUCGCCAGCUAUGGCUACACGAUGGAAAACAUUGUCUACGAGUGGAUGUCUCAGAAACCGAUUGAUUUCAACGAGCACAUGGAACUGCCGCAAUAUACACUGCAACAUGUGUUACUGGGGAAUUGCACAAAAACCUAUAAAGAAACUGGCAGCUUCUCGUGUGUCCGGGCGGACUUCCUGCUGCAGCGUGACGUGGGAUUCUACGUCAUCCAGGUGUACGUCCCGUCCGUCCUCAUCGUCAUUCUGUCCUGGGUGUCUUUCUGGUUGGACGUAGAGGCCAUACCUGCAAGAAUAUCACUGGGGGUCCUCACGGUCCUCACCAUGACCACUCAGAGCACGGGUGCGCGGUCGUCGCUACCCCGGGUGUCCUACGUCAAGGCCAUCGACGUGUGGAUGUCCACUUGCCUGUUCUUUGUCUUCGCGUCGCUGCUGGAGUUCGCCUACAUCAACGUGCUGUCUCGACGCCGCGUGCCUUACGCCUGCUUCGGGGGAUCUGCCAGCCCAGGUGGCGACGACAAUUCGGUGCUGAACGAGAGCGAGAAGCUGGAGGUGACGGCCGGCACCAUCCCUACCCGUCUGUACGGCAAGCAGGGGGCGCGCUACGUGGAUCGCAUCUCUCGCUACAUUUUUCCCAACUCUCUUCAUCACCUUCAACCUGGGCUUACUGGCUCAUCUACACAUUCGUCGACUUCGCCUGAAGACCGUACAACUCUAAAUUUCUCCAGGAGACUCCCCGACGCAUGCGAGCAUCAACUGUCAGCCGCCAUGCUGGUGACUAACCUUGCACCUCCACUUUUCCAUCCCCUCCCCACCAUCACCAUCACUCCCCCACCUGCCCAGACCCCGUCAUUAAUCACGAUUCCGGAACAAGGUCGAUCGCGAACUUUAAAGACAGCCUGUGGACUGCUUACCAUAGCAGAAAGAUCCAUGUGACAGCUCGGAGUGUAAGAAAUACUCUCACGGAGCCUGAGCUCUUCCAUUCUGACGUAUUUCCGGAACAACUCGUGGCUGCAGUGGUGUCCCUUGGCGUCUGCGCAGGCCGCAAUUAUGCCGAUGAGCCCUCAGUGUCGCGGUGUUGCUUCAAGCUGGGAAGUCCGACGGGAAUUAUUUCAUUGCGUUCAGAUUUACGCCCCCUGAUUUAUUACCGCUCUUGUACGCAGGGGGGAGAAAAGCGAUUAGUUCAGUGAACAGCAGAGAUUGUUUUCCCCGCCGUCAGUUUUGAUGGACCGUUUACUAUUUGUAGUUAAUAUCGGAGAGUGUUAUAAAUCCACCGUCGUGUGAUAUGUCUACCUAGGCUAGUCAUGGAUUUUUUCUUUUUUUUCUACUUGGACAUAAUUGAUUUUUCAGAUCAUUCCAUACCCGACAUCAUCUGCUGCCUAACAUUAUGUAGACAGUGUUGUUGCUGUAAUUGGACACUGGUUUGAUUUUCUUUCUAUUCUUUUAUUCGGUCGGGUGCUGCAAA